AAAUGCGGUCUGAGCAUUUGGUAAUGAAUCACAAUAGAAACAAUCAGCCAUUCUCUAUCUACUUUCUACUUUCCAUUUCCGCCUCCAAAAUCAGAACCCCACUAAAUUUACAUAUUCUCUCUUCCCCACCGAUUCGUUCAAAUUCUAACGAUUGGAUUCAUUCCAGAAUUUCAAAUUACAAACGAAGCAAUGGCGGACUCAGCCACAGCCCCUCCCCCUCCGAGCCCCAACCACAUCGUCCCACCAAUUCUAGCACCACCAUUACCCACCAAACCCGCAUUCACCUUCCCUCGGAGGCCGCCCAUAAGAGUAACCUCUGAGUUCGACAGUGACAGCUCUGUUUUCUUCCACAAAAUCUCUUGCAAGUUCCACGAGAAGCUUGCUAAGCUCAAAUUCUCCUUCCAGAACCACACCAAUGGGGAUAUCGUCGAACCCCAAGUCAGCUUCAUCUCCAAGCACCUCUCCAUCCACUACGAUGUGGAGGACCAGAAUGCCCUUCUCAAGGCCUCCCUCGAGGUCGGCCCCAGGUUGCAGCUUAGAGCUGUCCACGAUGUCAAGGCACAACAAGGAGAGCUUUCGAUGGUUGCAAACCUUGCCGAACCUGGUUAUGCAUUAGAAUUGUCAUCUAUGGUUCCAUCUGUGGGCAUGCCAAGAGCAACCCUUAAAUUCCCCCUCGGCGAAGUAUCGGUUGAGGAAAGAGCAGAGGAGGAAUUAAGGCCAAUGUUGUCUAUAAAUGGGAUUCUUAAAGGCCAAAUUCUGAAUGGAGUCUACACUGCUCAAUUUAUGGACGAAGAUUUGAAAUUAAGAUACGCCUUCAAGGAUGAUGAAAUGUCAUUCAUCCCAAGCAUUUCAUUGCCUUCAAAUGCAUUGUCGUUUGCGUUCAAGCGUCGGUUUGGUCCUUCAGACAAAUUGAGCUACUUGUACAAUUUUGAUUCCAACUUCUGGAGUGCGGUGUACAAGCACACAUAUGGCAAGGACUUAAAGUUUAAGUCUGGUUAUGAUUCAGAGGUGCGCCUUGGUUGGGCUUCUCUUUGGGUUGGGGAUGAAGUUGGUAAAGCAAAGACAGCUCCAAUGAAGAUGAAAGUUCAAUUAAUGCUCCAAGUGCCGCAAGAUGACAUCAAGUCUUCGGCAUUAAUGUUCCGGGUCAAAAAGAGAUGGGACAUAUGACUGUCUAUUUCUGGAUGGUCUCUUUUCCUUUCUUAUACAUUAGAUGUUGGAUCUAUUUGGUAGAGGAGUUUUUGUUUCCUUUCUUAUACAGAAGAUGUUGGCUCUUUAUGGUACUGCAGUUUUGGGAGAUCUAGUCCUGUUGUAAUGGUGCUUAUUGCUAUAUAAUGAACACAAAUUGGUUCUCU